AUGUUGUCCAUGGGCAAAGAGAUCAGCUUCAGCCGUCUUGACCUGAUGUUGCCCAGCAGAGGAGCAUCUGAGCACACACCUGCUGAGACUCGGGCGUCCCCAUCAGGCAUGGCACACCCACCCUCCUGGUGUAGUGCAAAAUCUUCCAAAUCUAUAUAG